AUGGCGGCUGCGGCGCUCGCCGCGUGGUUGCGGUCGUACCUGUUUGUGUCGACGGGGCGCCAGAGCGAACAGGAGAAGCAGCAGCGCGAGCAGGAGAUCGAGCGUCAACGCAAGCUGAGUGACCGCCUCGCCGCGGAGCUGGUGGCAGCGGAGGCUAACCAGAACAAGCAGGACUGGAAGUCCACGCUCGAGCGCGUUGUGCCGGCCAUUGUGAGCUUGAAGCUCAACUCGCCCAAGUUUUUUGACACGGAGUCGCCGGGCAACGGAUCCGCGACGGGUUUUGUGGUGGACGCGGAAAAGGGAAUCAUUUUGACGAACCGCCACGUCGUGGGACCUGGACCCAUUAAUAAUGAGGAAGUGCGGGUGAUCCCGAUUUACCGAGAUCCGGUUCACGACUUUGGCUUUUUCCAGUUCAACCCGGCGGAUGUUAAGCACAUGUCGGUGCCUUCUUUGCGUUUGGAGCCGGAAAAGGCUACCGUUGGGACGGACAUCCGCGUCGUGGGUAAUGAUGCUGCUGAAAAGCUCGCAAUUGCUAGCGGUACACUGGCGCGUCUGGAUCGCGAUGCACCUAACUACGGGUACAACAGCUACAAUGACUUCAACACGUUCUACUACCAGGCGUCGUCAGGAACUACCGGCGGUUCAUCCGGCUCCCCUGUGCUCAACCAUGAUGGUGACGCCAUUGCUCUUAAUGCCGGCGGCAAGAUUGGCACAUCAGCUUCCUUUUAUCUGCCCCUCGAUCGAGUUAAGCGAGCAUUCGAUUUAAUUCGAGAAGGUAGGGAGGUCUCUCGCGGUACUAUUCAAGCGCUUUUCCACUACAAACCCUUCGACGAGGUGCGCCGGCUCGGUGUUAAUCCCGCCACAGAAGGGCUCGUUCGCACCUCCUUCCCACUCGAGACAGGAAUGCUGACAGUAGCUGAAACGAUUCCCGGAGGCCCGUCGAGCAACAAACUGCAGCCUGGUGAUGUACUGGUACGCGUCAACGGCGAAUUGAUCACGCGGUUUGUGCCAUUGGAGGCCAUACUCGACGACAAUGUUGGCGAGGAGGUUGAGAUUCAAAUCGAACGCUCAGGGGAACUGAUAACGCACAAGGUGCAGGUACAGGACUUGCAUUUCGUUACUCCGUCGCGCUUCAUCGAAAUUGGUGGUGCUGUCAUCAACCCGUUGUCGUACCAGCAAGCUCGAAACCACGCGAUGAGCCCUGGAGCUCCGUACGUUGCAGACCCGGGCUAUUUCCUUCAACGUUCUCGUAUUGGUCGCGGCUCCAUCAUUCACUCUGUAAAUGGCACCAAGACACCUGAUCUCGAGACACUCAAGAACUAUCUGAAGCAGUGCAAGGACCGCGAUCGCAUCGUGGUCAAGUUUUCGAAGUUGACCGAUAAGUCUGAAAAAGUCGAGGUUGUGCAUGUGGACCGCAGGUGGUUCCCGUUCUGCGAGUAUGUACGAGACGACAAGCUGGGAACAUGGCAUUGCGAACACUUUAGUCCUCCCAGCGAAGACGGUUCUGCACAUGAUGCUGAAAAGAGCAAGACCUCAGCCGAAGAGGAGCCGAUCGGUUCAACGACUACCUUACCGGGCAAGAACCCAGUGGAAAACAAGCUUGCGCGGUCGCUAGUUACGGUGGACUUCGACAGACCAUUUAGCGUGAACAGUUUAUCGACGUCGAAUUACCGAGGCACAGGGCUUGUGAUCGAUGCGGCGAAAGGGCUAGUGGUUGUAGACCGCAACACAGUGACCGACUCAAUGGGCGAUGCCAUGGUGACUUUCGCCAGCACCAUCAUGGUUCCGGCUCAAGUGGUAUUUGUCCAUCCGGUGCAUAACUUCGCCAUUGUGCAGUACGAUCCGAAGCUCAUUGGGUCCACGCCCAUUGAAAGCUGUCAGGUGGCUUCUAAACCGCUGGUGCCAUCCGAUCCUGUGUGGCUUGUUGGUCUCAUGAGCAGUGUGGGUCGUAGUGGCCAUUCCGAUCUUGUGUCUCGCGAGACCAUCGUAUCUGGUGUGAAGUGGAUUGGAUUGCCCAUGCCCAACCCACCGCGGUACCAGGAGCAUAAUCUCGAAAUGGUUUCUCUGCAGGACGUUGUUGGCACCGAAGGCGGCGUUAUUUGCAGCGACGAGGGCGAAGUGAGUGCGUUCUGGGCCUCUUUCUCAUUCCAGCAGCAGCGUCGUAGCUCCAAAGUGGAAAGUCAAUUUAACCGUGGUAUUCCGAUGGAUCUGAUCAUGGAAAGCGCAGCACCUCUCAUGCGUGGAGUGACACCCAAAAUCUACGACCUGGGCGUUGACUUCGAACACUUAAGUUUGGCUAAGGCUCGAGAGCUUGGUCUCGGCCAAGCUCUAGCCGAGAUUCUGGAGAAGGACGCGCCGGAUCGCCGAACUAUCUUGAGUGUUGCACGACGAUGGGGUGGCACAGAGGCCCAAGAUGUGCUCAAGAACGGCGAUAUCUUGGUCGCUGUGGACGGCAAGAUCGUGACGAGUUUCCGCGAGGUAGAGCGCUGUACGCAGAAGCCGGAGGUGCAGCUCACUAUUGUGCGGGAUGGACGCGAGAUGCAACUAGACGUGAAGACCCUUUUCAUGGAGCGCACGGAGAUUAACCGCAUCGUUUUCUGGCAAGGUCUCUUACUACAGGCGCCACCGCUUUCUGUGUCUGCGCAACGCAGCAUCUCGUUGGAGGAUGGCAUAUACGUGUCCUGUCGGUACUCGGGAUCCCCGGCUGCUCGGUAUGGCCCGCCGCCCACUAGUCGCAUCAAGGAAAUUGACGGUAUCAAGAUUACAAGCAUCGACGAUUUCUUGAGCGUCGUUACUGCAAAAUCAGGCAGUGACUCGGUGCGCAUCAAAUACACGGACCUCAGUGGCAAGGACCGUCUCAGCACACUCAAGCUCGAACCCAAGUACUGGCCGACGAGCGAGUUGGUGCAUGAGGGUGGAGAAUGGCAUCGGCUCCAACUUUAA